GCCAGGUAUGAUGCAGGCGGUCACGCCCUCGUCCUUUACAGACUCCUGCCGUUGGAGUUUGGAGACACUUUGAGGAAAGACUCUGUGAGGAUGGAGCUGUUUUCAUGUGGAGUCCUGCUGUUGGCCUUAACGCUUACAGGAAGCAACGCACAGCUCGAUGUUUGCGGAGUUGCUCCACUUAACACCAGGAUCGUAGGAGGUGAGGAUGCUCCUGCAGGGGCGUGGCCCUGGCAGGUCAGUCUGCACCGCUUUGGUUCACACUUCUGUGGCGGCUCCCUGAUCAACAAUGAGUGGGUCCUGUCUGCUGCCCACUGUUUCUCCAGCACCAGCACAUCAGGAUUGAUCAUUUACCUCGGACGUGAAUCGCAGGAAGGCAGUAAUCCCAACGAGGUCUCCCGGUCAGUGUCAGAAAUAAUCAGGCAUCCAGACUAUAACUCCGACACUAGCAACAAUGACAUGGCACUGCUGCGGCUGUCCUCAACUGUUGAGUUCACCAAGUACAUCAGACCUGUGUGUCUGGCGGCACAGGGUAGUGAUUUCCCUGCUGGGACGACUACCUGGGUCACCGGCUGGGGAACGAUUGGUUCCGAUGUUCCACUUCCUUCCCCUGGGAAUCUGCAGGAAGUGAGCGUCCCUGUCGUGUCCAACGCCGACUGUAACAAUGCCUACAGUAAUGGAAUCACAGGCAACAUGAUCUGUGCCGGCCUGACUGAAGGUGGAAAGGACUCCUGCCAGGGCGACUCUGGAGGCCCGAUGGUGGCUAAAAACAGCUCUGUUUGGGUCCAGGCUGGAGUAGUGAGCUUUGGGACCGGUUGUGCUCUGCCCGAUAUCCCAGGAGUCUAUGCCAGAGUGUCCCAGUACCAGUCCUGGAUCAACAGCCGCAUCACCACCAACCAGCCAGGCUUCAUCACCUUUGUAGCCUCCUCCUCCUCUGGAGGAACUAUAUUUAGUUCAUCCACAAAAAUGCCUCACUUCAUCACUUUCACAGUUCCUCUGCUGCUCUCCAUCCCCUCCAUCUUCUUCUCUCUCUUUGUCCUCUCAUAGGAAUGCACCAGUUCUACUUAAUCACUGGACAUAUCAUACUUACUUCAAGAUCAGUUUCUCUUUAAAAAUGUAAAAACCUCCUGGGUGUAUCAAACAUUCAGAGGUUUCCAGUUCACUUUGCUGUGUUUUAAUAACUUUACAGAGAACUGGAAUCUUGGGAAUGUUUGGCUUUAUUUUUGUUUGUCAAAUUAUAAAAACAGAUUACAAAAAAAAAAAAAGAAGAAGCCCUAAACCCCCUAAUUGAUUUAAAACUAAUUACGUUAAGUAUAAAUCAACCAAUACUUGUAGUUCUAUUAAAAACAAUGCUGAAAUAAAGUAAACUGUGUUGGAAACAGGUGAAAUUAUCAUCCCAUCAACAGGAUUAUGACACUUAUUAUGAUAUCUAUAUAUAUAUAUGAAUAAACUAUAUACAUGGUGUAUGUAGAAACAUUGAAACAGAGACAUUGUGGGGGUGUAUACAAGGGCAGUAAUAUAAUAUAAUAAAUAAAUAAGGGUGUAGGGGCUAUGGUCAUUUAAGAUGGGAGUGGUAAUUUAACAGAAACCAAAAUAUUGCAUAUUGCAAUAUUUUUAAAUGUAUUCUAUCUUUAAAUGAUGUCACAUAAUAAAAUCUAAAAAUGCUUUAGCAGAAUUUAAUUUUGCAUUUGAUUAAUGUUUUAAUUGAAUUUAAAUAUUUCAUCCAUCAGUUAAUUUUGUGGUUUAUUUUUUUUUAUGUGAAAUGAGGAAGAAAAUCACCGAAAGAAUGGGUUUACACUUAAUAGUAAUUAGUUCAUAACCACACCAAAUGAAAUGGCCAAAGGAACUGUAAUGAUAAUGAUAUAAUUGUAUCAUUAUAUAUCAUAUAUAAUGAUAAUUGUAUUUUUACAGUCAUAAAUUAGAGAAACAUUAAAAAUGAUUAACAAUUUUGUUAAAAACAACACUAGAUGAUAGAACACAUCAAAAAAGUUCAGCCAGACUAUAUUUAUUUGGGCACUCUGUAGAAACUGAACAAAACUUCACGUGAAACUCACUAAAUUCAGUUUUAUGUUAUAUAUUUAUGGUGCCAGAUCAAACACAUACUAUCUCAGAGCAGUUUCGGGUCAAAGCAGAGAGAAACACUCGGCGGGGAGGAAAAACUCCUUUUUAAAUAUGAAGGAAUCUCAGGCGGAACCAGACUGAUCUCAGACCUGCACAAACACAAAUCUGUCUUUGUACCAUCGUGAUGAUGAAACUAAAGCCAUUUUAGUGACUUUAUUAUCUCUUUUUUCACAAAUGAACUUUUAAUGUUUUAAAAUGUUUGAACCAAGUGCCAGUAACUGUGAUCUGCUGUUUAAGUCUAAUAAACAGGAGGAAUAUUUACAAUACUACCUUAUAUAUUAUUAUAAUAUUACAGGCCGACUGUGGCGUAACCUGGUCUGAAGCUGCUGUCCAGCUUUGAAAGUUUUAGAGUAGCUUUAUGCAUAAAUGUAUUUGC